AUGAUGAGGAGUAACAGUGCAAUGAAAUCAUUAUGUGUGCUGUCGUUGCUUCUGUUGGUGAGUUUUGCGGUGGCUAGGAAUGUGAGGCAUGUUGAUGCCGAGGAGAAGACUUUUAUUGGUGGUGGUAAGGGUGGUGGAUUUGGUGGGGGAGCUGGUGGUGGUGCUGGAGGAGGGCUUGGCGGUGGAGCUGGAGGUGGUGGAGGAUUAGGAGGGGGUUCUGGGGGAGGACUUGGUGGUGGAGGUGGACUAGGAGGAGGAGCUGGAGGGGGAGGAGGUCUUGGUGGGGGACAUGGAUUAGGUGGUGGAGGAGGUAAAGGUGGUGGAUUUGGAGGAGGUGUUGGUGGUGGUGCUGGAGGAGGAGGAGGAUUAGGAGGUGGUGCUGGUGGAGGAGGAGGUAAAGGUGGUGGAUUCGGAGGAGGUGCUGGGGGAGGAUCCGGUGGUGGAUUUGGAGGAGGUGCUGGUGGUGGUGCUGGGGGAGGAGUCGGAGGAGGAUCGGGUGGUGGAUUUGGAGGAGGUGCUGGUGGUGGGGUAGGAGGAGGAUCAGGUGGUGGAUUUGGAGGGGGAGCUGGUGGAGGUGCAGGUGGAGGAGCUGGAGGUGGUGCAGGAGGAGGAUUCGGAGGAGGAGCUGGAGGUGGUUCAGGUGGAGGAUUCGGAGGGGGAGCUGGUGGCGGUGCAGGCGGAGGAGCUGGGGGAGGAUUCGGAGGAGGAGCAGGUGAAGGUGGUGGCUUUGGAGACAAACACUGA